GCUUCCUGUCAUCACGGCGUCAUCACAUUUAUUCCCUCUUCACUUCUCCUUUUACACAAAUAGCCCCGACAUCCUUGUUACCAGCCUUGUCAAGCUACCUCGAGGAUAGUCACAAAUUCUAUCUGAAGGACUGAGGAAAAGAGUCUGCCAAAGGGCAAGAAUAUCUCAGCAUGGGCAUGAGUAGCUUGAAAUUGCUGAAGUAUGUCCUGUUUUUCUUCAAUUUGAUCUUUUGGUUCUGCGGCUGUUGCAUCUUGGGCUUUGGGAUCUACCUCCUGAUCCACAACAACUUUGGGGUGCUCUUCCAUAACCUCCCCUCUCUCACACUGGGCAAUGUGCUCAUCAUCGUGGGCUCCAUUAUCAUGGUGGUUGCCUUCCUGGGCUGCAUGGGAUCUAUCAAGGAGAACAAGUGCCUGCUUAUGUCGUUCUUUGUCCUGCUGCUGAUUAUCCUCCUUGCUGAGGUGACCUUGGCCAUCCUGCUCUUCGUUUAUGAACGGAAGCUGAAUGACUAUGUGGCUGAGGGUCUGACCGACAGCAUCAAGCGAUACCACUCAGACAACAGCACCAAGGCGGCGUGGGACUCCAUCCAGACAUAUCUGAAGUGUUGUGGUGUAAAUGGCACGAGUGACUGGAUAGGCAGCCCACCAGCAUCUUGCCCCUCAGAUCUGCAAGUUAAGGGUUGCUAUGUAAAAGCAAAACUGUGGUUUCACUCCAAUUUCCUGUAUAUUGGAAUCAUCACUAUCUGUGUAUGUGUGAUCCAGGUGUUGGGGAUGUCCUUUGCGCUGACUCUGAACUGCCAGAUUGACAAAACCAGCCAGGUCCUAGGACUGUGACCUGCAGCUGCCUUGUACUGGAGAGACUUGUUUCAUCUUUGGAAAUCCAAAAUCACUUGUAGCAUGAAGCCCUAAAUGAUCACCUUCUGAACUGGUGUCUUUGUCCUCCUCCCAUCUCUUCCCUGUUUGGGUCCCUGUCUCAUACAACCAGAGAAGAGGGUGUUGGCCAGGCACUUCCCAUUUCAGACAGCAAGACAGUCCUUUACCCACUCAUAGCAACAGUCAUGUCACCAAUACCUGAGAAUUUGUCAGACAUGAAAGGCCAAGAGGAUCUGUGGUACUAAUGGCUCAAGAUCAAAGGAUGGGUCUGCAACUUGAAUUUUUGCAUCUUCCCAUUGUUGAACCAGUCUUUAGCCUCUAAAUCAUGUCCAGUCCACUCUCCAGAGUCAAGUAAGAAACAAGGUUAAGGGAGCCCCAGGACUCAAUUCACAGGAUCGUUGUCAUAAUCCUUUGUUUUCUUUGACUGGGUGCCUUGGCUACAGGAAUGACAGAGUACUCUUUCUCCAAAGGUGAGGUUUCAUUUCAAUUUCUUAUUAAAAAUUCCUUUUGAUUCAUUGUAAGGCUUUCCAAAAGAAACUAUCCAAUGAUUUACAUCCUGAUUUCAGCCAGUCUCUCAGCCUUUGAUUUACAUAACUGUGAAGAAACUCAGCAGGAUCAGUAUCUCUGGUGGCUUAGGUGAUAAUCACACUCAGUAGAGUUCUGGUGUUAUUUCUCUGUCAGAUAAGAUUCUGUUCAGGUACUAUUUUAAUACUUCAAUAAAUAAAAUAGCUUUGAUCUCUCAAU